UCGAUAUAUAUAUAAUCUUUAGCGAGAGCAACCAAAUCAAUAAUUUGCUAAUGCGCAGAAUAAGCAACCAAAAAACAACAAAAACAGUCAUUGUACCAAAUUGAAGAUUAAAUUGUAGAACAUGCAAAUUCAGAAUAAUAGAGGCGUUGAGCCCAACAGCAGAUAACAGUGUUCGUCACAUAAAAAAGUCACACAACGCGCGCCUUUGUUGUUUGUGUUCUUGCUGCUGCAUUCCCCAAUUCAUCGUUUUGAAGCUACCCCACCCCAUCCCACAAAAAGAAAUUAAGAACAUAUAGUCAUGAAUAACGCCCAGUCGAAGAGUGAAGCGCCUCUGCUGCAGCUGGAGGAUGAAGUGGAUCUCAUCGGUGAUUUUCUCAAGCAGCAGUCAACAACAACGACAACAACAGCAGGCAGCAAUCAGCUGGCGCCGCUGCUGAAUGGCUUCGAAGCCAACAAUGGUCUCAAUCAGUUGACGACGCAAGUGGAGAUAAAUACAAUUGGCAAGGCGGCCAAUGGCAAGCGACGUUCGAGGCGUAAACCUAAGAGAGAUAGAGAUCAAAUACUGUUAUCAGUGGACGAUGAUGAUGAUGAUGUUGCUGUUGAUGAUGAUGAUGCUGCGUCUGCUGAUAACAUUGUGAGCAAUGAUGUGGCUCACAAUGAUGGCGCCGCUGGUGGGGGCGACGAAGUCGAAAAUGUAGAUCUCUUUGUCACCAACAACAACAACAACAGCAAAAAGAAGCAACCGCAACAUCAACUCUUAUUGCUGCACGAUGGUGACGACGGCGACGACGACGACGAUGCAGAUGGCGACGAUGAAGAAGAGUGCGUUGUGUUGCUGAACAACAAAAGCAGAAACCCGCCUGCACUACGCAAUGGCAAUGCCAAAGCUAAAAGCAAACAGCACUCUGAGGAGAGCAGCGAUAGUUUAAGCGGCAGAUCAAGCACAACGACACCGCAAAAACAACAGCAGUCAGCGGCAGCAGCAGCGUUGAUGAUUAGUCAGAUUGCAACACCAACGCGACGUGGAACGACAGCGGCAAACGCUGCUACAUCAGCGUCCACAUCACCGCUAAAAGCAACGACAACAACACGUUUGCCACACGACGCAGAGGUCGACGAUAUUUGUUUGGUGCCAGAAAUCGAUUUCGAGGGCAUGUCGACGGACGCGGGCAGCGAUAAUCGCGAAUCGCAGCCUCUGCUCGGCGGUGGCAGCCACGGCAGUCGCAUCACUGAUCUACUUGGCGCAUUGGGACGUGGACACGAUCAUCUUGACCUCAUGUCAAACACCUUUGGCGACGAUCCUCUGUUCUCGGAGAUUGUGGCACAGGCGGAAUAUGCUAUCGAACAGGGCAUUCUGCCGGAAAGAAUUUAUCAAGGCAGCAGCGGUUCCUACUUUGUUAAAGAUGCAUUAAACCAACGCUGUCUGGCCGUGUUUAAGCCCAAGGAUGAGGAGCCCUAUGGCAGACUGAAUCCCAAGUGGACCAAAUGGAUGCACAAGCUGUGCUGUCCCUGUUGCUUUGGUCGCGCCUGCUUGAUACCCAAUCAAGGCUACUUGUCGGAGUCUGGAGCCAGUUUGGUGGAUCGCAAGCUCAAUCUGAAUGUGGUGCCCAAGACGCGAGUGGUGCGUUUGGUGGCCGAGAGUUUCAACUAUGCGCGCAUCGAUCGGCAGAAGGCCAAGCUCAAGAAACGCAUCAAGGAGCAUUAUCCAUCGGCGCACUUUAAUCGCAUGAGUCUGCCGCUCAAGACUGGUUCCUUUCAGCUGUUUGUCGAGGGCUACAAGGAUGCCGACUAUUGGUUGCGUCGCUUCGAGCACGAACAAUUGUCGCCAGCUCUAGCGAAAUCGUUUCAGUUGCAGUUCGAACGUUUGGUGGUGCUGGACUACAUCAUACGCAACACGGACAGGGGCAACGACAACUGGCUGAUCAAGUAUGUAGCACCCAAGCUGGUGGGUGAAGUGGGCGGCACUGGAGGUCGCAAAAUGUCACGUUCGCAUCCCGUUGUGGGACAGCCAAUAAUCGAUUUGAACGAGCAGUCGGCGCCAGUGACGCUGGAGGCUGAAUUGCAACGUGCAACGGCUGGUGGCGGGGAGCCAUCGCCCACUUCGAUGGGCAUAAAUGAGCCAUCGAAUGUGAGCAACAGCUGUGUGAGCACCGACGAUGAAGAUAUACCUAAUACGAGUUCCAAGAAGACAGCGCAUAUGCCUGAGGAGCCCACAUGGAAUCUGGUCGAGGCGCCGCAAAUAAAAAUUGCUGCCAUUGACAAUGGCUUGGCAUUCCCAUUUAAGCAUCCCGAUUCUUGGCGUGCAUAUCCUUAUCAUUGGGCCUGGUUGCCACAGGCAAAGGUACCGUUCAGCGAUGACAUCAAGGAUCAGGUGUUGCCACAGCUAUCGGACAUGAAUUUCGUGGAGGAGAUCUGCACGGAACUGUUGUAUUUGUUUCAGCAGGAUCGUGGUUUCGAUAAGCGAUUGUUUGAGCGACAAAUGUCCGUGAUGCGUGGUCAGAUUCUGAAUCUAACACAAGCGCUGCGUGAUGGAAAAUCACCUGUGCAGUUGGUCCAAAUGCCUGCGGUCGUUGUUGAACGCUCCAGCGGCAGUCGCUUUUUUUCCUUUACGCAGCGCUUCCAAAACAAGAGUCCAUUCUUCUCUUGGUGUUAAUUGAUCGCUCCACUUGGGCACUCUCGUAUUACCCGCCAGGUAUAUACAUAUAUUGAUGAUGUGGUCGGGACCCUCAAGAUAAAUUGUCGCCUACCUGUUGUGCUUUGUUGUUAUCGACUACUUACUAUAAUUAUCGCCAAACGAUUUUUAGUUGUAAUCCUCCCACAGCGAAAAGAAUUUUGUUAAAUUUGUUUGUUUUCGGCAAAAAAGUCACUUGCUAUUUAUUUAAAUUACAUUCACAUCUCAUGAUCACAGUUAACUGGCUGAUUGUCAGGUUAUAUUGUUUCGUGUGGUCAACUGUUUAAAAAAAAAAAAGAUGAAUGAGCAACAAAAAUCAAUAGAUUAUCUUCAUUCCAUAAUUCGAAGCUCAUACGCUUUUUUUUUGUCUACACUAUUUUAAUUUAUACCUAAAACAUAUCACCAAGAAUUGUUUAAAAGUAACCUCAUAUUUAUUGUUUAAGCCAAUGGAGCUUAGUGAAGAAUUUCUCCUUAUUCAUUGUGAAUAUCAUUAAUAAAAAAAAAAACUAUACCAGUUAACACUCCUCAAAAGUCAACCCAACUCCUUUUGGGAUAAUUAC